UAUUAUUGUAUCAAAGAAUGUAAUGUAGGUAGGCCGUGAAUGGCCUCACACACCACUACAGUAGGUGGCGGUGUAUGCACCUUAAAGUUGGAUGCAAUCCGACAACCAAAUCGAAAGGAAGAAGAAUUAAAGCAGGAAGUGAAUAGCUAGAACGUUGGUUUAUUUUCCUCGUUGACAUGUGGCUCUAUAGACCCUAAAAAUUACAGAUGGAGUUGAAUACGUUUCUUACUCAGCGAUUAACAGCGGCUGCUGUGGAGAUAUCGGCUGUCUUUGAGAAAAAGAUAGUCGAGUACCAGGUAGAAAUCUUCGUUCGAAGGAGGAGAACAAACGUCUACAGAGGCUGUUGGAUUUGGUUUUCCACCCGGAAAUCAAGUUACAUCGAGCAGACUCCCAGCAGCUCUCUCUUCCUGUCUCUGAAGAGGAGGUUCCCCCUGAGCAGCAGCACUGUGAGCAGGAGAGUAGCUCCAGUCAGAGGCAGGAGGACCCAGAGUCCACACAGAUUAAAGAGGAACAGGAGGAACUCAGGACCACUCAGAAGGAAGAGCAGCCUCAAGGUCUGGAACCUGAUACCAAAGACCUCUUGAUUCCUGCCUGUGUGAAAAGUGACUAUGAACAGAAACCACCUCUGCGUUCACAUCUUGACCAAACCUUGGAGAACAGAGAGAGGGACUCUCUACCCACCAACACAACUGAACAGAUCAAAACAGAACCUGAUGGAGAGGACUACAGAGGAUCAGAACCAACCAGGGACUCUCAGCUCCUCUCUGAAGCCCAGGUAGAAAACAUAGACAAACGUGUUGAUGGGAUGGAGAGACACAUUCCUCCUCCCUUCUCUCCAGACUCCCAGCAGCCCUCUCUCUCUGUCUCUAAAGAGGAGGUUCCCCCAGAGCAGCAGGAGAGAAUCCCCAGGCUGGGUCUGGAGGACCCAGAGCCCACAAAACAAGAGGUACUCUGGACGAAUCAGGAGGAACAGCAGCUGGAAUCUGACAGCAGAGUAUCAGAACCAACCAGUGACUCUCAGCUCCUCUCUGCAGUAAAUCCAGAAUGGUCUGCAGCUCAGAGUGAAAACGGUGAAGUUCAUCAGAGUCCCAGCACCUCUUCAGAACAAGUUUCUAGUAACGUGGAAUCAAAUGAAGCAUCUCAUUUCUCUACCUGGAGUGAGGAAAACAUCUCGGCUACAGACAGCAACUCUUCAGACAGGAGCUCCUGCACUAAAGAAGACUCUGAGGCACGUAAACCAGCCAAGAGAACAUGCCAUUCUAGUGGUGUGGUGAAUGAACCAUCUGAUCUGUCUAACUUAUGUGAUGAAAACAACCCGGGGACUGAGAUCAGCCUUCAGAGGCAACAAAGACUAGAACAUCCAAACAGAUCUCUGGGGCUCAUAAUCCAGCUAAGAGGAUCUGUCGGAGGGUGCCUGAUAUGUCAGAGGGUGCAGUAGCAGGACGUGGGAGUGGAGAGCUGGCCUCCUGUUCCCGUCCAAAGUGCCAGGAUCCACUCCAGAUUACACCCACUGCUUGCACUGUCAAGGUCUGUACAUUCAAAAGUCACUAUGGAAACAUGUCAGAUACUGCCCUCUGAACCCCAAAGCAGAAGAACCAAAACCUGGACAAAAUAUGAGGAUUCAGUCAGCAAUGGUGUUAAGUUGUGUCCUCAACCCGACUACGUCAGCACAGGUCUUUGGAAGAUAGUUUGUGGUAUGAACUCCGGCCAAGUUUCAUUUGUGGUUAGAAAUGACAAAUGUAUCCUCCUCAUGGGAGAAGAGAUGUACAACAAACUACCGCCAGAUGACAGAAGACAUAAAUACAUCCAACAAAGAAUGAGAGAGGUGGCAGACUCCUCAUCACGGCCAGGACGUGUAACACCUCUGAUGUGCUUUGAGGACUGGUCAUACCUAGUAAUUUACCUCACGUCAUCACGGCAGUGAGAGCUGUUGCUGGCUACAACGAGGAGAACAAAACGUACGCCUGUCCGACGCUGGCUGUUCAAAUGGGAUACAACUUAAUGAACAUUGGCAGCGCUGUGGAAUCCUCUGCACUGACGUCAGGACCAACAAAAGUCGCGGAGUCUGCUGGCAAAUUCAAAAGUUUCAAGUGGAAUGAGGUUG